GAGCAGUAUAAAAGCAGGCCCUUCCCGUCGCUCUCUCACCCACUCCUCUCGCCUCGAUUUCCUUGGGAACAAGACAUGUCCUGCUACAACCCGUGCCUGCCCUGCUCGCCCUGCGGCCCGACCCCGCUGGCCAACAGCUGCAAUGAGCCCUGUGUCAGGCAGUGCCAGGACUCCACCGUCGUCAUCCAGCCCUCCCCCGUGGUGGUGACCCUGCCCGGCCCCAUCCUCAGCUCCUUCCCACAGAGCACCGCCGUGGGAUCCUCCACCUCCGCUGCCGUUGGCAGCAUCCUCAGCUCUCAGGGAGUGCCCAUCUCCUCCGGGGGCUUUGGCCUCUCCGGCUUUGGCAGCCGCUACUGUGGGAGAACGUGCCUCCCCUGCUAA